AUGCAUCCUCCCCCGCUUCUCGGUGUAGGUGUCGUUGACCUGCUUGAGUCCGACCCGAGACCAAGCUUCGUCGUUGCGCUUCCAUCUACGUUCAAGGACCCCUCCCGCGCCGAAGUAGUUUACAACAACCGGUCCCUUACCAAUAAGUCGGCGCUUCUCGAGGUCUUGCAGUCCAUAUCAAGUCUUGACCACACAAGGUUCUGGGACUGGAUCACAGCCCAGGACGCCAACACCCCACAGUCGUUUCUGUAUCACAACCACUUCUGGACGAGAAGCGUCGUUGCUUCCAAAUGGGCUGUGGUGAGCUCGAACGACUUCCCGCCCAUGUCAGAACCUCCUAGGAAAAUACGCCUUGACGCAUCACGAGGGAGGGAGGCCAGCAGUGGAAUCCUUCACCCGCACACAUCGACCGUACCGUCCAUGUCUUCGUCAGACUCGUCCGAGGAGGAAAUGCCGCAUCCCCGCAUCGUUCGAGCCACUACCGAGCCGCCCUUGGUUUUGCCAGACUUCAUGCCGGACCCUGAGCCGUUCCUCGCCACAGUCGACAAUGUCAACUGGAGCGCAACUCCCCUAGGUCCCAUGGAUCGAUGGCCGUCUCUCCUACAUCAAUCGUAUAGCCAGAUAUUGUGCAACUCUCAACCCACGGCGAUCUACUGGGGAUCUAAGUUUACGACUGUCUACAACGAAGCGUACGGAGAGCUGAUAGGAUCACGACACCCGAACAUGCUAGGCCGUUCCGUUAUGGAGGUGUUUCCUGAAAUUACAAAUCAGCUCAGAGACAUGAUGGAAAAUCCAGGACAAAGUCAUCGAGCUAGCAGUGAGGAGGAGUUCCGCUUUUUCGUUGAACAACGCGAUGGCUCCCCCCUAGAAACAUAUCUUAAGUGGUCGAUUGUUCCUGUUAUACAAAACAACGAGUGCCUCGGUUUCAUCCAUCUGAUAACGGACACCACCCUUUACCACCUUUUCCACAGGCGAACCCAGAUGUUGGUCGACAUGGGCGAGGAACUCGUCACAGCGAAGGAUGUUAAGUCGUACUGGAGCAAGCUUAUAGAAGAGCUUUCGGAGUGCGAUCCCGCAUACGAUAUCCCGCUUGCCAUGUUAUAUUCGAUCGAGCGUGACGGGCCGUCGAGCUCAGGAGAGCUUCGAUACAAUCACGUUUGCCGUCUGGAGGGUGCUCUCGGCGUUCCGACAAGCCAUCCAAUAAUGCCCGAGUACUUGCGCCUGAACGAAACCGACGCAGGCCUUGCACCCCAGUACCGAGCCGCAUUGCGCAGCCGGGGACCACUCAUUAUCAGCACAUCUGAUAACAGCUUACCGAAGGAGUUGUUGACGGGCUUGCAGUGGCGUGGUUUUGGUGAUCCAUGCGAAUCAGCCAUCGUCUUGCCAAUUCGACCCACGAAGGAGGAGGAAGUCAUGGGUCUGCUGGUGCUUGGUCUCAACCCGCGGCGGCCAUACGACGACGCCUAUACAUUGUAUAUACAACUUCUUGCUCAAAAGCUGACAACAUCGCUGGCUUGUACUGUUCUACUAGAAGAAGAGAGGCGGCGGGGACGAAAUGCUGCGGAGCAGGCCGCCUACGACCAGGCAAUGUUGAAGGAAAAGCUUGCCCACCAGACAAAGGAGGCUAUUGAGUAUACAAGGCUGUUUCAGACAGUCUCUGACUUCAUACCAAAUGGUUUCUCAAUCGGCGACCAUCAAGGGAACAUUACAUUCGCCAACGGGCUGUGGUACCGUAUAACAGGCCAUCCAGACAGCCAGUCUGUAGAUGGUGGUGCUUUUUCCUAUGUCCUUGAGUCAGACCGAGAAAAGAUACGUGAAGCGUACAAGGAACUGCGAACAAAGGAUGAAGUCGAAUUUGAGUUUCGCGUGCGAGGGACGGAGCACACAAAUGGACUGCUAGCACGCAGAUCUCCCUUCAAAGCCGAUCUGUACAGUAACCUGGAUGAUGAGAUGGAGCGGUACGUUAUGGCCCAAGCAAAAGCAGAACGCGCCACAGACGGAACCAUUAUUCGAACCUUUACUUGCCUGACGGAUGUGACGGCACACAAGAGAACGGCUGACGAGGCAACUAGGAGGACUCAACAAGCCGAGAAUCUGAAGCGAAUGGCUGAGCUUGCCACAGUAGGGAUGUUCGACAUAGACACUGGGGGGCGUUUGCUCGGUGCGAACAAUGCCUUCUUUGAGCUAUGUGGGAUCGACAAGGUGGAUCCAAUGCAACAUGAAGUUCGUCCCUGGCAGGUUUCGGUGGUCAAGGACGAUCUUCCGGUCCUUACAGAGAGCCUGGACCGUCUUGUGUCGGAGAAAAAGCCGCAGACCGCCGAGAUUCGGUUGAACACCAUCUGGACAGUUGAGGACGCUGGAGGAAACCAAAUCACAGCGCCCAGAUGGGUGAACGCUACUUUUAUGCCAGUCAGCAACUCGGAUGGCUUGGUCCAGUCUUUUACCGGCUGCAUUAGCGAUGUUUCUCUGCAAAAGUGGCAGCUUGAGUUGGAAACACAGCGUACCGAGGAAGCCAUUGAUUCGAAGCGGCAACAGGACAACUUUAUUGACAUGACAUCCCACGAAAUGCGUAAUCCGCUCAGCGCCAUUGUCCACUGCUCCGACGCCAUCAUUGCUUCUCUUUCGAGAUGUGAGGAGUUGGUCGACCGCCAACAGAGCCCAAUGCAGACCAAGUCACCGCCCGAUGAAAGCAGCGACAAGCACUUUGAUGUGAAGCAACUGCUCUCUGACAGCAUCGAAAAUGCGGAGACGAUUGUUGCUUGUGCGCAGCAUCAGAAACGAAUUGUGGACGACAUUCUUACCAUGUCGAAGCUAGAUUCGAAGCUCCUUGCUGUCACGCCCUGCACUGUCAACCCUGUGCAGAUUGGGGAGGAAGCUAUCAAGAUGUUUGACGUCGAAGCUCGGCGUGUAGACAUCGACCUUAACAUGAAAGUUGAUGAGUCGUAUCAAGAACUUGGCUACGAAUACCUCGAUCUCGACCCAUCCCGUGUUAAGCAGGUUCUCAUAAAUCUGCUCACCAACGCGCUGAAAUUCACCAAGUCUGGGUCGAUUAGAAAUGUUUCGGUAUGCAUGAAGGCAUCACGGCAACGGCCUACAGACGAAACGUCAGCCGUUACCUUCAUUCCGCGUUCUUGCAAUGAGGAGUCAGAAUAUGAGCAGCCUGCGCUGGAAGGCCGCAAAGACCCGGUAUACUUAAUGUUUGAGGUGAAGGAUACAGGCCAAGGUCUUUCUGAAGACGAGAAGGCGAACCUUUUCAAUAGGUUUGUCCAGGCGAGCUCACGAACCCACGUAAAAUACGGGGGCUCAGGCUUAGGACUCUUCAUCUCUAGACGCCUGACAGAGCUGCAAAAGGGCGCCAUUGGAGUGUCGAGCUUGCCAGGCGUGGGAUCAACUUUUGCCUUCUUCAUUGAGGCUUACGUUCCCACCGAGGCUUCGCGGAAGGAGGCCGAGUUUGCGGCCGCGGCCGUAAGAAUGACAACGGUAGCUACUGCGACCAGCACUCCAUUUUCGGCGCCGCGGGCUAGAGCCCCCGCAAACGAGCAGAGGACACCUGGCUCGCGGCCGAAGCCCAGCAACCAUGAUCCUCGACUCGACGGUAUCUUGAUCGUAGAGGAUAACCUAAUUAACCAGCAAAUCACCCGCCGCGGUCUGCAAGAUAGGGGGUUCACCGUGGACGUGGCCAAUCACGGCAUCGAGGCACUGGAGAGGCUUAUGCAGUCCGUCUCCCUGCAGCAGAAGGAUGAACAGGAGUACUUUAGCCAUAGCGCUCCGAACGGCCAGGUGAAUGCAGUGCCCAUCAAUCUCAUCCUGAUGGAUAUCGAGAUGCCAGUACAAGACGGGCUGACGUGCACACGACGUAUUCGAGAGCUUGAGCACGAGGGGCGGGUAUUCUGUGCCAGUGGUGGCAGGAUUCCCAUCAUCGCCGUUAGCGCCAACGCAAGGCCGGAGCAGAUGCAGCAGGCCAGAAGGGCGGGUUGUGACGACGUGCUCGUCAAGCCUUAUCGGAUGCCGGAGCUAGUUGAGAAGAUGCAAGUGGUAGUACGGCGGAUGGGAGGACUUACACCCGGUUCGCCUGUACAUUAA